AUGAAGGCGAUACUGAAAUCCAUCCUGACCAGGCACUACUCAUCGUCGCAGGUUAAAAUUCAGAUCCUCUCCGACUUGCAUCUCGAAGUAGGCCAACAAUACUCGUCCUUCACUUUCCCCGCUCGCGCGCCCUUUCUCCUCCUUGGGGGGGAUAUUGGACGGCUCAUUGACUACGACGGGUACCUGAAAUUUCUCGAAUCGCAAGCUUGCCGGUUUCAAAAGGUGUUCUUGGUGCUGGGAAACCACGAGUUCUAUGGCUUAGAAUAUCUCUCGGGGCUGGAGCAAGCGCGCCGCCUCGUACAGGAACCAACCAUCUUGGACACCGUUGUCCUCCUCAACAGGUCUCGGUGGGAUGACCCGGUUUCUGGCCUAACCAUCAUUGGCUGCACCCUGUGGUCGCACAUUUCAGAGGACGUGCGCCAUCUUGUCGAAUCCAGGAUCAACGACUUCAAGAAAAUACAAGGCUGGACCAGCGGCAGACACAAUGACACGCACGCCGAGGAGGCGGCCUGGCUUCACGACCAAGUCACCCACGCAGCAGCGGCUGGCGACGGGGCGCGAGAUGCGAGGAAGAUCCUGGUGGCGACGCACCACGCACCCUGCGUGCAAGGCUCAUCUCGACCGCAGGAUUCUGGAAACCCCUGGACAUGUGCCUUUGCCACCGAUCUGCUGGGUCAGCGCGAUUGGAGUCGCGUACGGCUUUGGGUCUUUGGCCACACCCAUCACUCGACGGAUAUGGUGCGAAACGGCGUCAGGCUGGUGGCUAAUCAGCGGGGAUAUGUCCUGCCAGGCAGCGCGGCAGACGAGGCAGGCGGGAAGACGCGAAGGGGCCUCGGCGGCUUUGACCCCGGCAAGGUGGUGGCUCUUUGA